AUGUGGGUUUGCAACCUCGGUUAUGUCAACGUUUAUCAUUGUAUAUCCUAUGUUGGUGUAAUUUUCACACCUAAAUUGUGCUUCAUUGUAUUAACGUAUAGUGGUUCUGUGUCGAUGUAUAUAUUUUUCUUUUUCAGAUUUCUGUUCCUCUCUCCCAAUUCCUCUCUCUUUCUCUCUCACUUCCUCUUCUAUAUUCAGAUUUUCUCUCUCCACCACCAACGGUCGCUGCUCGUAUCUCGCCGGUCGUCGGUUGCCGGUCGCUGCUCGUAUCUCGCCGGUCGUCGGUUGCCGGUCGCCGCUCGUAGUUCAUCGGCGCUGCUCGUAGCUUUCCGGCGCCGCUCAAAGCUCGCCGCUAGCAGUUCGCCACCACCAUCCAUCGGCAAAUUCAAUUCAAUCGUCGCUAGCAAUUCGCCACCACCAUCCGGUGGUUAUAUUUCCAAUCGAUUCUUCGAAAUUUCAAACGAUUUUUCGAAAUCGAAAUCAAUUCUAAUAAAUUCUAAUCGAAAUCAAAUCUCGCGGUUUCGAAAUCGAUUUCGCUACUCGCCGGUCACUCCUUCUCGCGGUGGUUCCUUCUUGCGGUGGUCGCAAUUAUCCGAUCUGCGAAUGAGUGUGAGUGAUUGCUGGUGGCCUCUCGCCGCCGCCGCUGCUCGCCUCUCGCCAACGACGUUGGUGGCCUCUCGCCGACGACGCUGGUGGCCUCUCGCCGCCGCCGCUGCUCGCAAGAAUUCAAUCACAGUGCCUUGUUCCUUGUUCCUCCACCACGUCCCCUGUUUCCUACAAGCUCUUCUUCUUGAUGCCCCUACAUUCUUCGAUUUCAGUCAAUUCUUCGAUUCUAAAAUCAAUCUGAUGGGCAAUUUCGGUAAGAUUUUAUGAAAUCAAAAUUGAUUUCAAUCGAUUUCUCAAUUCAAAAAUAAAAAUCGAUUUCAAUUGAUUUCUUAAUUCAAAAAUUAAAAUCGAUUUCAAUUGAAUUGGUGGCUGCGAAUCAGAUCUAGUUUGAGCGUAUAUCAGGAUUUAGAGCACUGUUGGAUGAAGUUAGAACAUGUUUGAAUGAAAUUUGAACACGGUUGAAUAAAGUUAGUACAUUCUUGAAUAAAUUUAGAACAUAUUUGAUUAAAGUUAGAACAUGCUUGAAUAAAGUUAGAACAUGUUUGUAUAAAGUUAGAACAUGCUUGAAUAAAUUUAGAACACUGUUAAAUAAAUUUAGAACAUGUUUGUAUAAAUUUAUAACAUGCUUGAAUAAAUUUAUAACAUGCUUGAAUGGAUUUAGAAAUGCUUGAAUAAAUUUUGAACACUGUUGAAUAAAGUUACAGCAUGCUUGAAUAAAUUUUGAAACAUGAUUGAAUAAAGUUAGAACAUGGUUGAAUAAAUUUAUAACAUGUUUAAUAAUUUUAGAACAUGCUUGAAUUAAUUUAGAACAUGCUUGAUUAGAUUUAGAACAUGCUUGAAUAAAUUUAGAACAUGGUUGAAUAAAUUUAUAACAUAUUUAAUAAGUUUAGAACAUGUUUGAAUUAAUUUAGAACAUGAGCUUGAAAUUUUAGAACAUGUAUAUAUGUUGACUAGGUUCCGUGUUCUAAAUUUAGAACAUUGUUGGACAAAUUUAGAACAUGGUUGAAUAAAAUUAGAACAUGGUUGAAUAAAUUUAGAACAUGAGCUUGAAAAUUGAGAACAUGGCUAGCUGAAUAAUUUUAAAACAUGCUUGAAUUAAUUUGAACAUGAGCUUGAAAAUUUAGAACAUGGUUGAAUAAAAUUAGAACAUGCUUGAAUAAAUUUAGAACACGGUUGAAUAAAUUUUUUGACAUGGUUCACAAGUGGAAAAAGGGUCAUUUGCAUCGCACUUUUAAGCAUAUUU